AUGUCAAAGCCUUCUAAUAACACUCUCCAAAGGCCUUCUAACAUUGUUGUACAAAGGCCUCAUAGGAAACAGAAGGAGAUGGUGAUGUUUCUUGAUCAUGAUAAGCUAGCAAGGGAUUUGUCCAAUCUCUCCAAUGAAGCUUACCAUGUUGAAUCUGCUUCAGUUCCCUUUGUGUGGGAAUCUCAACCAGGCACUCCAAAGGUUAGAUUCAAAGCAAACUCUCUCCCUCCUCUCACACCACCCCCAUCUUAUUUCCAAAAUGCUACCAAAAAGACCACUCCCAAGGCCAAGAAUAAGAACUCACCAAAAUCUAGCUUUUUGCAAACUCUGUUCCCCAAACGUCCUACUACAAAGGACGGUGUUCCUCCACAAACUGGAUCUCAAAAUAUCUGGUCUUAUUCUUCUUCUUCCCCUUCUUCUUCAUCCUCAUCGUCUUCUUCUUUGUCGGUCUCUUCUCCACGGCCUACAUCAUAUUCCGUGCCAUCAUCUCCGAUGAUACACUCGAGGAAGGGUGCAGAAGAUGAAGAUCUGUAUAAGGUGACUAGUUCGAGUUUGUGCUUUGGUAAUGCCAGGUCGAGAGGGUGCUAUUCAUCCAUGUUCAAGAAGGUACUUCUUGGAGAUUUUCUGUGA